UAAAUUAAAAAGAACCCAUUAAUUUACUCUAUAUUAGAUUGGGAAGAGGAGCAAUGACCUCUUCUCACCGGAGAUUAUUUCAGGUUAGAUUAAUAAAAUUUUCUUUUUAAAAAAACUCAUUGUUUAUUCGGGAGGGAGGGAAGUAUACCAAAGCCGCCGUCUUCUUCGCCAAUUCGGCUGACGGACGCCUCUGUUCCACGGUGGUUCUCUUCCUCGCCGUCAACCAUGGGCCACGGCAGGUCGGCAGUGACAGAGCUCAGAGACAAAUCUUAAGCCUGAGAAGUUCAUCCUGUGUAGUUGCUAAGCCACCCUGGAAGUAUGAAUAUUUUCAAACAGUUGGUGCCCAUUAAGUUUUCUUCAAGAUGCACAAAGAAGCCUUGCAAUGUGAUACGCCGUUCCCUGUUUCAUUCGUCUUCCAAUGGUGUUGUGGAAGUCCAUUCUCAAGAGCAUGAAGUAGUUAUUGCAUUGGGGAGCAACAUGGGAGAUAGACUUCAUAAUUUUGAUGAUGCGUUGGACCAAAUGAGAAAAUCAGGCAUUCGGAUAACCAGGCACGGGUGUUUGUAUGAGACCGCACCCGCUUAUGUCACUGAUCAACCCCAGUUUCUCAAUUCUGCCAUCAGAGCGGUCACAAAGCUCGGGCCUUUUGAGUUGUUACGGGUUCUGAAGAAGAUUGAAAAGGAUAUUGGGCGUACGGAUGGGAUCCGGUACGGUCCAAGACCAAUUGAUUUGGACAUCUUGUUCUAUGGCAAGUUCAAGAUUCAUUCUGAGUCUCUCGUUGUUCCACAUGAAAGGCUAUGGGAGAGACCAUUUGUGGUUGGACCAUUGAUUGAUCUUCUCGGGUCGGAUAUAGAGAAUGACACGGUGGCAUGUUGGCAUUCGUUCUCCGGCGGGGACCUCUUUGAGUUGUGGGACAAAUUAGGUGGAAAAGAUGGCAUGCGCCGGGUUUUGCCCGUCGCGAACCGUUUAUGGGACUGGUCGACCAAAACAUCUGUAAUGGGUAUCCUUAACUUGACUCCGGAUAGUUUUAGCGACGGGGGAAAGUUUCUUUCGGUCGAGUCUGCUGUCACCCAUGCCCGCACAAUGCUCUUGCAAGGGGCGGAUAUAAUCGAUAUAGGGGCACAAUCAUCGCGUCCUAUGGCUUCUAAAAUUUCACCUGAAGAAGAACUAGGUAGACUGAUUCCUGUUGUGGAGGCAGUUACAAAGAUGCCCGAGGCAGAAGGGAAGCUCUUCUCUAUAGAUACAUUUUAUUCUGAGGUAGCCAUGGAAGCCAUUAGUAAAGGAGUUCACAUGGUGAAUGAUGUGUCUAGUGGAUUCUUGGAUUCCAAUAUGCACCCCGUCGUCGCGGACCUUAAAGUUCCGUACAUAGCCCUCCACGCGAGGGGCACCCCUACAACGAUGCAAAACGCCGAGAAUCUACGGUACGGCAAUGUGUGUAGAGAAGUCGCGAGCGAGCUCUACGAACGGGCUCGUGCUGCUGAGGUGGCGGGGAUCCCGGCUUGGAGGAUCGUCGUGGACCCCGGGAUCGGGUACUCGAAGAACACGAAUCAGAAUCUGAAUCUUCUCGCGGGUCUCGGGACCGUGAGGACCGAGAUGGGAAAGAGGAGUUUGGCUUUGUCGCGCUCUCCCUUACUUGUUGGACCUUCGAGGAAGAGAUUCUUGGGCAACGUCUGCGGCCGUCCGCUGGCGGCCGAGCGGGACCCGGCAACCGUUGCGUCCGUCGCCGCCGCGGUUCUGAAUGGGGCUGAUAUUGUGAGGGUGCAUAAUGUUAGGGAUAAUUUUGAUGCUGUGAGGCUCUGUGAUGCAAUGCUUGGAAGGAAGAAGACAAUUUCAUAGACAGAUGGGGAGAAUUUAAGUGGUGUUUCCAAUCUUCUUGGUAGAAGUAUUUCCAAUGGUGUACACAAUAGGGAUUAAGGGCUUUUUUCCAUCACUUGAUCGGAAUGAUUUUGAUCUGUUUAGAAUAAAUUUUGGUUAUAUUU